AGGGAAUGUCUUGAUUCGCGCAAUUGUCUGACUGUACUCAUCCGAGUUACUCGUCUCAUCGUCGCGAAAAACUCCGAAGUAAUAAUUUAAAACGUGAUAAUAUUGAUUUUAAAAAAUAAAUAAAAAUCGGGAAUUGCGAUGGAAUACGGUGACGAGGCGUGCUUUCCGUCGCGAUGGGUGUUCGCAGUGAUGGCGUUUUUCAGUGUCGCACUCAAUUACGUGCUUCGUGUCGACAUCAACCUGGCAUUGGUGGCCAUGGUGAACCACACCGCGUUGGACCUGAUGGACGCGGAAGCCCGAGGCAAUGCUUCCGGACUCGGCAAUUUCACCACUUCCGGAACAGUGUGUCCACUUCCGUGGUUUCCGAGUGAUAUCGUUGGCCCUGGUGCUGCUGGGGAUCAGCCGGUCAAUGCAUCCGACGUCCCUCCGAUUGACCUUUCGGACGAAAAGUUGGAUGGUCCCUUUGUGUGGCGUCAAAGCACUCAAACGGUGAUUAUGAGCAGUUUCUUCAUUGGAUACAUUUGGACGCAGCUUUUUGGCGGGAGAAUCGCCGAACAUUUCGGCGGAAAAGAAGUGAUAGCAUGUGGCAUGAUCUCUGCAGCAAUUUUGCACUUUCUCAUCCCUUUCGCAGCUGGGACCAGCAUCAAUUUGCUGAUUGCUCAAAGAAUCCUCUCGGGCCUCAGUUUGGGCUUCAUUGUGCCAACUGCAAACGUCAUGAUAUCAAAAUGGUGUCCACCGGCGGAAAGAAGCAUGAUGAACGCCGUAGUACAUUCUGGUGCUCAUUUCGGCACAGUGAUCGCAAUGCCGCUGACUGGGAUCUUGUUGGGUGCCCUGGGCUGGGAAGCUGUUUUUUACCUGAUAGGUUCCUUGGGUGUCCUUUUGUUUAUCGCCUGGAAGUUUCUGGUGCACGAGUCACCCGCGUUGCACCCGAGCAUAAGCAGAGCCGAGUUGAAAAACAUCCGGGAUGCUAUUGGAAACGAACGACACGGAGAGAAAAUGCCUGUGCCUUGGAAGGAGAUGCUGAGAUCAGCACCAUUUUGGGCCAUUGUCAUCGCUGUGUUUGGGAAUUCGUGGGGAUUUUCAAUCGUAAUUUCUUUGUUGCCGACGUAUUUGAAUAACAUGCAGCAUUUCAGCGUCAGUGAGAAUGGGUUCAUUUCCGCACUUCCGUAUUUGUGCCAAUUCGCAACCAGCAUUCCAAUCAGCGUCGGAGUCGACUACCUAAGACGUCAUCGUUUCGCAUCUGUCACCACGUUGAGGAAAGUCUGUCAUACCAUCGGCCAAUUCGGAGCAGGUUCGAUGCUGCUAUUGCUAACAGUCAAUGGAUGCAACAGUGACGGAGUCAUAAUAAUAUUGGCUAUGUACGGUGCCAUUCAAGGAUUCAACCUCUCGGGUUAUUCCGCGAAUAUGUUGGACAUAGCUCCUAAUUUUGCAGGUACAAUCACUGGAAUCGUACACAUUGGAUACAAUAUUGUUUCCAUCGUUGGACCAAUUACUGCGGGAAAUCUUCUUUCGGGACAGCAAACACUGGAACAAUGGGCCGUCAUCUUCCGCAUCUCAGCUGGCUGCUUUUUCGUCGCUGCAUUUCUCUAUGCGCUCUUAGCCAGCGGAGAAGAACAACCCUGGAAUCGCCCUCGUAGUGCGACAUCUAGCGAAUCUUCCUGGCUGGUGUAUUCAACUGAUAAAAAUGACUACACCGGAGAAAUAUUGCAGAAACCCGUCGGAGGAAGUUCGCUGACAUCUGCCCCUAUUUCCAUGAGACAACCUGAACCACGGGAAGAUGCUCCAGCAGUUGCAGCAAUGUCGCACGAACUCUUGUUCGAAGCCAUCAGACAACAAAGUUAUUACACGACAUUGUGAAUAAUAAGGAAAGGAAUUCAGCAUUUUGACAAACCGGUGAACAAAAAUUGUGGUUGUGAAUGCUAUGU